UUAAGAAAGGAUUUCUAUAGGCCUCGAGCGCUGCUGUUUCAAAUCAGACCUGCAGCGCCACUGCGGCGGCGGCUGGCGAAAUGUCCCUGUUCCAUCCGCACAGCCGCGCCUAGCCGCAGCAGGUGGACGAUGGCCCCUAGCAACGCAAGCGUGUGUACACGGCGAAAACAGUCGACCUCUAUCUACUGUUGCGUGUGCGGAUGUCAUAACAGCUACAAGAACACGGCAGGGAAACUGCCGAAGGUGCAGUUUUAUCACUUUCCUUGGAAAUCGUACGAGGCUGAUCGGCGACAACGUUGGAUCGCUGCCGUUCGGCGCACCCGCCCGAAUGGAGAUUUGUGGCAGCCAGUGCAACGCAGGACAGUCAUCUGCAGCGCUCACUUUGUCGGUAACAAAGCGAGCACGAUUGCCGGCCAUCCCGCCUAUGUGCCAACUGUGUUUCCGCCAUGUUACAAAAGAAGUGAUGCAGUACUACCGGCAUCAAAGCUCGACAGAUAUAAGAGGGUUCAGCGACGUCGCGCAGUGCUUCAAGCGCCGACAUCCAAGAGCGCAAUCACGGCGACUGCAGAGAACUCCUCGACUGACUUCGCCGACGAAAUCAUUGCAUUACCGGAAGAAACGGGCACAUCCGCAUCCGUGAUGACCCAGACAGAUGCAGACUUUAACGGAGGUGUUUGCACUCUGUUCCUCUCUGUGACAGCAGAAGGCGCCGCAUCUACACAAGUUUGCCAUACCAGCAUUGUUGAGAAAGGUGUACAAGCAAGUGCCUCUGUGAGAUCGACAGCUAUCGGACCGAACGAGCGCAGCUGUGCAUUUCUUGGCUACAAUUCUCUGAUCCAGAGAAAGGAUGCCUUUCGUGAACUGUGUGGUGUUAGCGCAAACGUCUUUUCUCUGUUAUUGUCUGUGCUUUCACCCAUUGUUGUGAGAGAAGUGGACGUGCCGAUUUUCCAGAAGUUGUCCAUAUUCCUGAUGAAAAUGAAGCUGGGCGUUUCAUUCGCCAGCAUUGCAGUGCUUUUUGGCCUUCAUCGCACGACAGUUAGCCGCAUAUUCUACUUUGUAUUAACUAAUCUGUUAAAUGCAAUGCAGAAAUGGAUACCGGAGCCAUCGCUUGGAGCAGUACAAGCCACGAUGCCCACAUGUUUUAAGCUGCACUUCCCACGCUGCCGCUACAUAAUUGAUUCCACAGAGCUUCGCACAGGAGAACCACCCACCACAGAACAGAAACGUGCCCUGUUUUCGCAUUACAAAGGUGGCUACACGUUGAAGUUUUUGAUAGGUAUAUUGCCAAAUGGAACAGUCACCUUUGUGUCACAGGCGUAUGGUGGCCGCACCUCAGACACUCACAUUACACUGGAGUCAGGGUUUCUUGAUCGCAUAGAACCAGGAGAUGUUAUUUUAGCGGACAAGGGUUUCCCUGGAAUUAAAGCACCCACUGAAAGCCAGAAGGGAAUUAUUGUGCUACCACCAUUUUCGAAAGGAAAUGUUCAAUUCACCCAUGAAGAGCUGGAGCAAACCUAUCAUGUCGCACAAGUGCGUAUACAUGUUGAAAGAGCUAUACAGAGACUGAAAAUGUUUGGCAUAGUGAAUUCAAGGGUGCCUAUUGAUCUGAUUCCCCACAUGAGUGACAUAAUGCGGAUGUGCUGCAUUCUUGCGAACCUUCAGCCACCCAUUAUUGAGCCAAGUAAUCCAGACACAGAGUUAGUUUGAAUGCUCAUUUUGAUAAAUUUGUUGGGCGAAAAAGUAGCCUUUUGAAUAUGCUGGGCUGAGGCUGACAUCACUGAAUGUUUGUCUACUAUGCAUGCUUAGUUGUAAUGGUUCCAAAAGAGCACUUAGGUCGUUCUCUCAGUGGCUAAGCCAACCUUUUCUUCAAUGUUUAAGCUGCAGGUGAUAAUGGCGCAUACACGUUGGCUUAUGGGGAAUGCAGCAUAGCAGCAGCUGUAGCGGCACUGGCAUGGUGUUUUUUUGUAUAAUAAGUUGGCACGUGAUGUGAUGGAUGGUAAAUACAAAUACAUUUUAAAAAUA